GUUAGAUAGAAAGAAAGAGGAGAGAGAGAGAGAAGGAGUCAUCGCAGCCAUGGUAACCGCCGCCGCGUCAGCAAACCUCGCGAGCCUGAGAUCGUCGACGUCACUGUUUUUGAAUCGGCCAUUCUCUUUGUCAAUGCUAAGCGGAAUCAGAAGCUCUCUCGUAUUAAGGACAUGUCUAAAGCCCACGCCUCUCCGACUCGUGUCGUCGUGGCCACCACCACACCACGCUUCUUCUUCUGUUAGGAGGGCCAUGUCAUCCUCAUCGUCGUCUUCGUCUUCUCCAUCUUCCUUGGAGGAGACCGUUAAAAAUACUGUAGCAGAGAACCCUGUCGUUGUCUACUCCAAAUCCUGGUGCUCAUACUCGUCGGAAGUGAAGUCGUUGUUCAAUGGGCUUCAAGUUAAGCCACUCGUUAUUGAAUUGGAUGAACUUGGUGCAGAGGGGUCGCAGCUGCAGAAUGUCUUGGAGAAACUCACUGGACAAUACACUGUUCCUAAUGUUUUCAUUGGUGGGAAGCACAUUGGUGGCUGCUCAGAUACGUUGCAGCUGUACAAUAAAGGAGAGCUGGAGCCAAUGCUAGCUGAGGCCAAUGCCAAAACCGGUCAGACCUAGUGAUGAAACUAGUUGGAGAUCUGUCUAUGUUUCCUUUUUGUUUAAUCAGAACCUCUGCAGUAAAAUUCUUGAAGUUGAUGUGCUUUAACGUUACUGUCUGCAUAGAGAUUUCAUAAGACCCUAUCGUGAGUCUUUCCAUGGACAGUAAAAUAAAUAAAGAGGCGAA